AUGUGGUUGGCGACCUGGCAGCGGAAAGUGGGGAGCCAACCACAUUUCAGCGCCGCGAUCAACGAUAUUCAGGUGGCCGAGUUGGUCGAGGUGGUCGACCAGCUGGCCGAGGUGGUCGGCGCGAUCUGCGACUCGAAGUGGGAGAACAAGGUGACGGCUACGAACGACGUCGGGCGAGCGCUGCAGGUGUUCGCGACAGCGCAGCCGGAAGGAGCGGCAUUCCCAGAGGAGAUUCAGAACCAUGCGGUGCUGCGUGGUGCCCAGCUCGAGCCGACGGGUUUGGCAGUGGUGCUGGCGGUGGUGCAAUUUCUGCGGAUCGAGCGAGAGGACGACAUCCCCCAGGACGAGGUUUCGGAGGGGAGCGAGAUGGAGAAAGUCGAGAUGUCGGUCAAGAGGAUGCCAGAGAUAGCGUCCAAGACAGUCAACUUCACCAUCGACGAGGGCAGGGUGCGCGAGCAGCUGUGGAUCGAUUCAGGUGGACGCGAGGAGGACUUCAGGUAUGGGGCGGAUAGGACGGCCACGGUGUUCAGGCGCGGCUUUAACGACGCUGUGAAGUCCGACUGGAUGGCGAGGAGACCGCAGUGGAUUGUCCACGUGCGCACGGGCGCGCGCGUGCAUUGCGCGCGCAUGGCCCCGCUGCUGCCGUCGAGGCGGUGGGCGAGGGGCCCCGGCGGCCACCUGGACUUCGAGGAGAUGCACCUUACUGGGGAGAAGGCUGGGCGGCCCGAGUGGUGGGGACCUCGGAUAGUCGCCGCCAGACGGUUCGAAGGCUCGGGGCCGGGCGUCGUCGUCAGCGACGCCGGACAACGCGGAUGGUCGGAGCCCGCAGUGACGUUGGAUGACGACCUGCCCGAGGUGAAGCUUGCGGUGCUGAGCAAGAAGCAGCCUGGGGGCCAUGGCGGCUGGAGCUCGAGUGGAGACCCGGAGUGGUGGCGCAAGUUCACGGACGCGCGCCCGACCCCGUUGCCGGCGCGCAUUUUGCAGGGGGCGUUGGCGGCAUGGGGCGCGCGCGAGACGGCGGAGGUGCCAUUGGCGGCUGCUGAGGGCGAUGUCAAGGGGGCAGCGAUGAGGGCGCGCGAGAACUUCGGCAAUCCAGGGGCGAGCGCGCUCGCCGGGGACUCGCGCACCAGCGGCGCGCGCGACGAAGCGCUCGGGCCGGAGCCGUGGGCCGAAGGCAGCCCGGAGAUCGGCGGCGAGCAGCCGCGAGACAGGGAUAUCGGAUGGCGACAGUGGGGCCGCGGCGCUGGAUGCCGGGUCGCAAGCGCGCCAGGGCCCGAUCGCGACAGCGCCCGGCAGGGCGAGGCAACCAGGUGCAUGCGACAGACCGCGUGGACUACGAUCGACGGCGACCAACUGGAGAAGAGGCAGUCCACGGUGGCGCUGUUCUUGAUUCCGGAUGAGAUUCAGACGCAGAAGCACGCGCUGAUGGCCAUCUCUCGGCUCGAGGAGAGGCGCGCGGUCGCGGUGCUGAGCCUGGAAGAGUCGAAGCAGGUUCGGUCGACGCGCCCAGACCGCAUCCUGAAGCCCCGGCGCGUUGUGGUCGAGAUGGCGGGAGGAGUGGCCAAGGCGAGGCCGACGGUCACAGGUGGCGUGGAGGUGAAGCAGGGCGACGACUUCAGCAUCGAGGUGUCGCAAUCGCAGCUCGCUCAGGGCAUGGCAAUGCUGAAAUUGGACCGGACGGCGCCGUUCGAGGGCAAGUGGCUCCAGUCCCAGACGCGCCUGGGCCUGGCUGCGCAGGUGGGCGUGGCCCAGCAGCAAGCAGAUAGGUGCCUGGUCGAAACGCUGGCGGAGGAGGGCACGGUGAUCACGCAGCAAGCGUUCGUCGAGGUGCAGGAGCCGGCGGCGAGUGCAGAUACCGCCAUGGAGAGCCUGGCCCUGAUCGAGGGCGCGCGCGCGCCCAUCAAGUGUUUCACGAGCGGCCUGCCUCUGGGCAGCCUCAUCAAGCAGGAGGGGUCGGAGACCUCAUCCGUGUCGGGCGCCGAGGAUUACAAGAUCCCCGAGCAUCACAGGGCCAUCAAGACCACGGUGACACGCGCGGAUGAGUUAGCGAGUUUUCCGGCCUGGCGCUGGAAGUUCGCGAGGCACUACCAGGACGAUGGUUUGGAGUCGAUUCGUGAGGAGGAUGAGGAGAUGGCCAGAGUCAAUUCUGAGGCGGGCGUCAAGGGCGCUCCGAAGUGGGGCAAGAGGAAGCGAUUGAGGCAUUUAUCUCGAGCCGGGUGUGAGCGAGCCAGGCCCUACUUCGACGCGGAGGAGGAGGAGCCGGAGGCCAGCGGCGCGCACGCGCCGGCGAACCACUACUUCGGGGCGCCCGCCGCGCGGGCCGAGGACGACGCCUCGGCCGAGGCGGGGGCGCCGAGGGGCCACUACUUCCAAGAGCCGGCGCCGCUGGCCCGCGGAGGCGGCGCCGAGGCGCGCGCCAGCGGCGGCCGAAGUCCGUACGUCGGCGAGGCCGACGGCGGGGUUCUGUCCGAGGAGGUGCUCCAGAGGUUCCAGCCCUUCUUCGACGCAGUGGAGGUCGUGACGCCCGCCCAGCGGUGCAGCGCGGCCGCAUUCCUGGACGAGCACGGGGCCACCGCACCGGAGGACCUCGUGCUGUGCGGCCUUGCCGAAGCCUUCACAGCCGCGCUGGAGCUGAAGCCGGUGCCCCGCGCCAAGGCCGCCAGGCUCGCGGUGCACGAGGAGGUGCAGGAGGAGCACGAGCAGGCGGAGCUGCAGCGCCGCAGCGGGAGCAAGCUCUUGAAGACGUACCUGCGCUUGUCCUUCAGCGCGCAGGCGGCCUCCACCACCCGAGCGGCGCCGCCCGGCACGCGCGCGCUAGGCGCCGCGCGGGGCCGCGGCGCGGCGCGCCGUCCGGCGGCACACUACUUCGGGGCGCCCAGUGCGGGCGAGGAGCGCCGUGCGGCCGUCACGCGAUGGCGGCGCCGGCCCGCGGUGGGCGGCGGCGGCGCUGCGGCGGCAGCAGCGGACGGUUGCGGCGACGCGGGCGGGCAUGCCGCGCGCUUCGAGGGCGAGCUGUGGGGCCGCGUCGUGGGGCAGGACGUGCGGAACUGGAAGCUCGCGUCCGGCCGCUCGGCCAAGAAGGAGACGUUCGGCGUCAAGUGGUACUGGGACGCCGAGGGGCCCCCGGAGGGGAGCCCGCCGGCGGCCCCCGCCGCGGGCCCCAGCCAGGACGCCCUGGGCCCCUCCGCGCUGGACGCGCUGGCCGAGCGGAGGCGCCGGGACGAGGCCGCGCUGGCGGCGAGGCGCGAGGCGGCGAAGCAGGGGCGGCGCACCCGCGACGUCCGGGCGCAGGUCGAGCGGGAG